AAAAUUGAAAGGAAGUGCCGGAAGUGCUCGGCUUAAAAGAACAGGCUUAUGAACGACGAGCGGUUGUAGGCGUCCGGCGAAAGGGUCGGCGAGUACCGUACAUAAUUUUCACGCCAUUUUUCGAAGGAGCGCGACACUGGCGUCGCAGCGGCGACCAUCGUGUGCGUGUGUCGUCGAUGUACGGACGAAUAGACGGACGGACGUGAGGAAGCAGUGUGAAAGAGACCAGAGAGCAGCAGUAGUGGCAGCAGGAGCAGCAGCUUCAACAGCAAGAGCAGCAGCAGCAGCAGCAGCAGCAGUAAUAGCAGAAGAGGAGGAAGAGUGCAUGUCCGGUGUGGCGUCGUCGCGACAACGAUACGUUCGAGUACGUUUUACGAAAGCACUCGAGGAUCCCGCGGAUCGGAAAAACGGACGCAAUACGUACGCGAGUCGUAGUUUCUCCAUGGAAUUAGGUUACCGUCGUCGGUCAACUACAUACUAUCGGAUGGACGGUCGUUACGACGGGGCAAUGUGAAACGUACACGGAAAUGUGUGCCGUCACAAUCGCCGCGAAGGAAGCAAGUGUCUCAGGGCAAAAGCUUGGAUUUACCAUGGGCGCGUUACUGGCUAUAGAAAAGAUCGUACAGUAUUCUCUUAAGCCUGAAAUGGAGGCGAAGAGUCCUUUAGCGUAGACAAUGGACUCGUACGAUCUGUUUGGUGAAGAUGGCAGUGGCUCGGUGCUCGACACUCUUCCUGAUCUCGGAGGGAAUGAUCAUUUCGAUCCUGCGCCUGCGAAUAAUUCCGUAACGGUGUCCAGGGACGGUUUGAAUUCUGGCCCUAAUGGAGGAGGAGGGAGUUACAUUAACCAAUCAUACAAUAUUUCCCAAGAAUCUCCACUUCAAAAAUUAACUUCAUUCGGCGGAUCUGAAUUUGGUGGUUCCAGUCAGUUGCAAAAUCCGUCGCAACGCAGUAUGUUUAACCAAAAUCUCGGAACGUUCGAUAGCAGCACGCCGCAGCGUGCUAUGGUGCCGGGUGCCUUUCAGAAUCAGGCCCGUAAUAUUGCACCACAGCAUAGGGGACCUCAUCCGGGUAGUAGUGGUCAGUAUCCUAGCUAUAACGACAAUAUGUACUCCAUGGAGCAGCAGCACUCAAUGGCUAGAGCCAAUAUGAGCAUAGAUCCUAGCCAGCAAGGUUGGCCAGGUAAUGGCAGUGCUUACCCUCAAAUGCAGAGGCAUUACAACCAGAUGGGUGCGCAGCCAGGCGCAUACAGGCAACAUAUGCCACCGCAGUAUUCUCAUCAGCAGGAUCAGGCUGGCGUUAUUAAUCAAAAGAUGCAGCAGCAACAGCAGCAGCAGCAUUUUAGUAGUCAACAAGGAAUGAUAGGAAACAUGGGUGUGCUGCAUCAGCCGAUGCAAGCAGGCGCGACUAGUGGCGUCUACCAACACAUGGUCGGACAACAGCAGCAUUACCAGCAAGGUAAUUCAGUGGCGAUGUAUCAGGCAUCUCCCGGUUAUCCUGGUUUCCCAUCCGCGAUUCAUCAGCAACAGCAAACUCAGCAAGCACCUCAGCGGAUGCCGCAUCAUCUCCCGCAGCAUCCGACUCAUCAACCGCAUCCGUCUCACCCGCAACAAUAUCCUCAGCACGCUCAGCAUCCGAACGCGCAGCAACAGCCGACGAUGGACCCUCAGUAUCCUCAUCAUGCAACGUCGAUGUUCAAUCAGCCGCAGCAUUCGGCGCCUCCGCAGCAAUUCGGCACGACCAAGCAUGCCACCAGUCCACAGUAUCGGGCUACGUUCCCGCAAUUAUCGCCGCAAAUGUCGCCGAGGCCGCAGAUGUCUCCGCGUCCGCCAGCGGUGCAACAACAGAUGUCACCUAGACCCAUAAUGUCACCCGCGAAAUCCACUACAUUGUCACCACAUCCGCACGUUCAGCUGCCUCAUCAGCAGGGCAAUCAAUCGAACGCGAUGUCUGUAUCGCCCUGCCCGCCCACGUCCAUACAGAUAAAUCCGUCGUCGCAGCAGAGCACCCUACAGGCUCUGGAGCAAAUGGUGAUGCCGGGAGUUGCCGUGCCCAACUCUGUGCCUGCCUCAGCUACGGACCAAUACAAUCAAUUCCAGACGCGUCCGCCGAUGUCGCAAACGCCGAAUGUGAUGCCGCAGUCGACGGCGCAGAGUCCUAUGCCUCCAACGGUCACCGGGCCCCGAGUGCCGAUGCCUGGUCCUCAGUGGUCGCAUCCGCAGCAGCAACAGCCACAACCGCAACAGCAACAGCAGCAGCAAUCCCAGAUCAGGCCGAGCAUUGGUGUCAGCGAGGAUAGAGGAGGAGGAGGUGGUGGUGGUGUGGUGGAAUCCCAGCAGCAGGCACCUGUAGCGUCCGAACAGAGCGCCCCUUCGAUAUUUCCUCCCGUCACCGGAUCAGAGGCUGUCCACAGCGUCGCGGAAACGGUGACAACGACAAACACAACGACUACGAGAGACCCGACGACAGCAGCGACGACGAUUACGACAACAACAACGGAGAACCCAACGGUGCAGAAUCCGAUUGAAACCCCGAAGCAACAGGAGACCGAGUCUUUGCAUCAGAGCGCUCCGAGUCAGCAGUCGGACGCCGCGCUUGUACCACCACAAGCGGACACCUCGGCGCAAAGUAACUCACAAAACAGUUUACCUUUGGAUCAUACACCCACGUCGUCAAGUAUACCUCAGGUGGAAACGGUGCAGUCACUUCCAGCGUCGAGUACAAGCGGAAACUUAGAGUGCACAAACGUGGCUGCGCCGUUGCAGCCGCAACAGCAGCAGCAGCAGCAGCAGCAGGCGGUUCCUACACCGAUGCAGAAUCCCGUUCCAAAUAUCGAAAGUCAGAACACGUGCGAGACGAAGCCUCAGGAGCAAAGUAUGGAAGUCGGUGUUGUGCAUCAGCAACCGUUGAGUAGUUCGACUCUUCCGCAACCAGCUAUGGGACAAUCGCAGACGCAACAACAGCAACAACCUAUUAAUUGUCCUCCGCAGCAACCAGUGCAACAAGCGGUGCAACAGCCAGUGCAGCAGCUUCAUAUGCCUCAGUCGCAGAUAGUCCCAGCGCAGGCGACGAUACCGCCAGCUCAGCCUUUGCAAUCGCCGCAACAAUCACAGAUAGAUCAGCCGCCGUCUGCUUCUCAGAUUAAUCAGCAGCUGCAGCCGCAGCAGCCAAUAUCUCAACAGCAGCAGCAACAACAACAACAACAACAACAACAACAAAUGCAACAGAUAGCCUCGAGUCAGCAACCACAAAUUCCGCAAGCUCAACAACCGGUACUGAGUCAAACUCAGGCAGUGCAACCUCAACAGAUCCCGCCAGCGCCGCAGCCUAAUCUAGGACAACCGCAGCCGCAAUUGGGACAAUCUCAAUUGGGAGGACAACCGCAACCUCAAUUGGGAGGACAACCGCAGCCUCAAUUGGGCCAGCCGCAGCCUCAACUGGCGCAAGCACAGCCUCAGUUGGGACAGCCGACGGCUCAGCAAGGUCCUGCUUGCGUUACGCAGCAGGCACAACCGACAACACCGCAGACAUCGUCUCAUAUGCCACAGCAGGUUGGCAUGAUGCCGCAAAACGCCGCAAUGAUUCCUCCUCAAAUUCCUCAGUUACAAGUGCCGCCGAUGCAAAAUCCGGUGCCUCCUAUGCAGAAUCCAAGUGCACCGGUCCCGGCGACGCAUUUGAACGCUCAACAGAUACCUACGGUUAGUCAAACCGCCGGUAUGGUACUGCCAACGCAUCAACCUGCUGUUCCUGUGCCAAAUUCGCAAACACCACAUCAGUAUCAUCCCGGAGGCGACAUGGUAACUGGUAAUACCAUGCCAAACAUGUACAGUAUGCCGGCUAAUCCGACGCAAGCACCGGUUGCGGCGAGUGGUUUCGGCACAUCCUGCGCACCAGUUACACAUCAUCAGGAGAGAGCCGCGUUGCAGCAGCAACUGCAAGAACUGUUCUGCAUGCCUCCUACCCCGGAGAAUCAGGAAAAAAUAGUUUCCUUGCAAGAAAAGUUGCAGGCGCUGCAGCAACACGAGACGAAUGACCAGUGUAAUGGCGGCCCACAGUGUAUACUGCAGACGCCAAUGUUUACAGCUGCUGUAGUCGAUAGUCCACAGGUCUCCAGUACUACCGGGCGUGGUCGCAGCAAGGGUACACCGCGCGCUAAGAAAAGCCGGAAAAAAGCCGAUAAAGAAGCGUCCGCACCUACGACCAUCACUCAGCAGCCUGAACAACCCUUGUCAGACAAUAAAGUUACUCCGGGCGAUAGUAGUAACGUCGUGGACAGUGUUGCGGAUUCGGAAGACAUGAAACCAUCAUCCGGAGAUAUGGAGGAGGAAUGGAAUAAGAGUAGGAAAUCACGAUCGCCCCGAAAGCCACGUAAACCGAAGGAACCGAAGGAGCCGAAAGAGCCGAAACCCAAGAAAGAACCAAAACCGCCAAAAGAACCUAAAUCGCCGAAGGUGGCGAGGAAGAGGAAUAAGGACAAGGAUUCCACGAAACGUAAUAGGAAAAAAACUAAUCCAUCCGAAUCCGCCGAUGAUGAAGUCGUACGUGAGACCGAAGAAACUGCUGUUUCAGACUCCAGUGCUGUUAAAGACACCGAGACGAAAGUCUGUGAACCGUCCAUUCAAGGUGAUCAGGAACAGGUAGACUCUUCUACUAAUGAACCUCUGUUAACUGAGGUGAAGGAAGAGGGAAAAGAAAAAACAGGGACGGAAGAUGUCCCAGAAGAAGAAAAGAAAGACGAUAAUUCGGAAGCAACUACUGCGCCUGCUGAAAAUACGACUUCCAAUAAAAAGAAACCCGCAGCUAGAAAACGAUCGAAUACUGGUAAAGUUUCCUCAGGGAAAUCUCCCAGAAGCUCUAAGAAACGUAAGAGCCGUAUCGCGCCUGAUUCUGAUGGGGAAGAGUUAGCAGCGACUCCUCCGCCGUCACCGGAGGCUGGCGACGACGUUAACAAACGACGUUCUGCGAGAAAUACUCACCGCAAGAAGUAUGUGGACGAUGUGAUGUUACGAUUUUCAGACGAUGACGUUCCCAUGCAAGAAGCUCAACUUUCGAAGAAGGUGGAGGGUGCGAACACUUCGAAACCUACUACUGCCAAAAAAGAGAACGAGGGUAGCGAGAUCGGACCGAACAAACCUAACUUCGUAUAUAUUAAUACUACCGAUGAGGAUUCUAUGGUUGUGCAACAUAUUUUGUGCUCUCGAAUGGGAAAGAGAGAAGUUAAGCCAGUGGUACCUGUUACACCGAAAACAGAAACACCCACGGAAAAGGACACGGACAAAGAAGAGUCGGCUGAAGAUAAGGAUACAGCGACCGAGGAUCCUGUAAAAGAGGAAGAAGAAGGCGCAGUAUCCGAAACGACUGAGAAAGAAAUAAAGGCUGAGAAUGCAAUAGAGGAGGAAGAAGAAGAAGAGGAGAAGAAGAAUGAGACCGAUGAGGUGAAAAAGGAGGAUUCGAAAAAGCAGGAAGAACCUCCUGUGGAUUCUAAAUCAACUGAGACAACUACCGUGGUCGAUGUAAAGCCGCAAAUGAUCGAAGUCGAAGAAUAUUUUGUUAAAUAUCGGAAUUUUUCGUAUCUGCAUUGCGAAUGGAGGACAGAAGAGGAACUAUACAAAGGAGAUAAGCGUAUUCAAGCGAAAUUGAAGAGAUUCAAGCAGAAGCAACAACAGAACACGAACAUCUUUGAAAAUACUGAGGAUGAUCCUUUCAAUCCAGACUUUGUCGAAGUCGAUCGAGUAUUAGAUGAAGCAACUCAUACUGAUCCGACUACCGGGGAAACAGUCCGGCAUUAUUUGGUCAAGUGGCGAUCACUUCAAUAUGAAGAUUCUACUUGGGAAUUAGAGGAGGAUGUUGAUCCUGAAAAAAUAGCACAAUUUGCAAGAUUUAAUAAAGUGCCACCUAAGGACCAGUGGAAGCCGAAGAAGAAACCUAAUGCUGCAGCGUGGGUGAAAUUAGAAGAAUCGCCAAUUUACAAGAGCAAUAAUAGUUUAAGACCGUAUCAAUUAGAGGGAUUAAACUGGCUAUUAUUCUCGUGGUAUAACGGACACAAUUGCAUUCUCGCCGAUGAGAUGGGUUUAGGAAAGACGAUUCAAUCUCUGACGUUUGUGGACGCGGUUUAUAAAUACGGAAUUCGUGGACCGUUCUUGAUCAUAGCUCCAUUGUCGACCAUUCCAAAUUGGCAGCGGGAGUUUGAAAGCUGGACCGACAUGAAUGUUGUAGUGUAUCACGGAUCCGCGGCAAGUCGCACCAUGCUUCAGGAGUACGAGGUUUAUUACAAGAACGAGAAAGGACAGCAAAUCAAAGAUUUGGUUAAAUUUAACGUAUUAAUCACAACGUUUGAGAUUAUUAUAACUGACUUUAACGAAUUACGCGGAUACAAUUGGAGGCUCUGUGUCAUAGAUGAAGCUCAUCGAUUAAAAAACCGAAACUGCAAGCUCUUAGAAGGUCUCAGGCAAUUGAACUUGGAGCACAGAGUACUUCUGUCGGGUACGCCGCUGCAAAAUAAUGUCAAUGAGCUGUUCUCUUUGCUGAACUUCCUCGAACCGGUGCAGUUCUCGAGUAGCGAGGCGUUCCUUAAGGAAUUUGGUAAUCUAAGCAGUGAGGGCGAAGUGCACAAGUUGCAACUUCUCCUAAAACCGAUGAUGUUACGUCGUCUGAAAGAAGAUGUGGAAAAAUCGUUAGCUCCGAAAGAGGAAACUGUCGUCGAGGUGGAAUUGACGAAUAUACAAAAGAAGUAUUAUCGCGGUAUACUGGAGAGAAAUUUCUCUUUUCUUGCGAAGGGUACUACGUCGGCUAACAUUCCGAAUCUCAUGAACACUAUGAUGGAAUUGCGAAAAUGUUGCAUUCAUCCAUUCUUGCUUAACGGCGCUGAAGAUCAAAUCCAGUUGGACUAUAAAACCGGCGAGAAGGAGGACUCCGAGGCGUAUUAUCACGCAUUGGUGAACAGCUCUGGCAAGAUGGUACUGAUCGACAAGUUAUUACCGAAACUGAAGGCCAGUGGCCACCGAGUCUUAAUCUUCAGCCAGAUGGUGAAGUGUUUGGAUCUGUUGGAGGAUUAUUUGUUGUAUAAGAAAUAUCCAUACGAGAGAAUCGACGGUCGGAUCCGUGGUAAUUUGCGACAGGCUGCUAUUGAUCGUUACAGCAAACCCGACUCGGAUCGCUUCGUUUUCUUGCUCUGCACGAAAGCAGGCGGUCUAGGUAUCAAUCUGACUGCAGCCGAUACCGUCAUCAUCUACGACAGCGACUGGAAUCCGCAGAACGAUUUGCAAGCGCAGGCUCGUUGCCAUCGAAUCGGCCAGCAGAAGAUGGUCAAGGUGUACCGUUUGCUUUGUCGUAACACAUACGAGAGGGAAAUGUUCGACAAAGCUUCUCUAAAGUUGGGACUCGACAAAGCGAUUCUACAAUCCAUGAAUACUAGCCAAGGUGGGAAAGAUCCUAGUAACAAACAGCUGACGAAGAAGGAGAUAGAGGAUCUCCUGAAAAAAGGCGCAUAUGGUGCUAUCAUGGACGAUGACAACGCCGGCGACAAGUUCUGCGAGGAGGACAUCGAGCAGAUACUCGAGCGAAGAACGCAAGUCAUCACUAUCGAGGCGGAGAAAGGCUCGACAUUCUCUAAAGCGAGUUUCGCGUGCUCCUCGAAUCGAUCGGACAUCAACAUCGACGAUCCCGACUUUUGGAAGAAAUGGGCGAAGAAAGCGGAGAUCGACACGACGGAGAAGAAAGAGGAGGACGAGCUAGUGAUAUCCGAACCCCGACGUAGGACACAGAUCAAGCGUUACGGCCACGACGAGUCUGUGGUUGACAUGUCAGAACUGGACAGUUCAGACGAGAAUAGCGAUGACGACACGGGCAUCGGCUUGUCCGGCAGAGGUAAGAAGCGUCGUGACAAGUUCAACAAGAAGACGCGCAAGUUCUACGACGAGUACGUGCCGCGCGAAGGAGAGGUGGUGUACGGCAGCUGGGCGCGAAGCGAAUGCUUCAAGGUGGAGCGAGGACUGCUGACAUUUGGCUGGGGCCGUUGGGAGGAGAUACUGCAGCACAGUCAAUUUAGACGCGGUUGGCGCGAGGUCGAUGUUGAGGAUUGCGCGCGCGUUAUCUUGCUGUAUUGUCUACGUUAUUACCGCGGCGACGAGAAGAUCCGUAGCUUCAUCUGGGAUCUCAUCACGCCCGUGGAGAACGGCGAGAAGGUGAAAAACAUAUCGAUGAACACCGGCGGCAGGAACAGCAGGCAGAAGAAAAAGGGUCGCGUGCGCGAAGGCAGGGAGACUCGAGGAUCGGUCGUCAACGGGGGGCCGAGCGAUCCGAAUCACUGGAGUAACGCCGAGAAGUUCGACGGUGACAUCUUCCUCGAGAGCAACUACAGGAAACACCUGAGCCGUCAUGCUAAUAAAGUACUGUUGCGCGUGCGGAUGCUGUAUUACAUUAAACAUGAGAUCAUCGGUGAUCUGGUGCAGCAUAUUUCCGACGGCGUUCACGUGAGUGCGUUGCCGAUAGACCCUCCACAAUUGACGGAUCGACCGGCGAAAUGGUGGGAUUCGACAGCAGAUAAAUCCUUAAUAGUUGGCUGCUACAAACACGGCUAUGAGAAUUACGACCAGAUGAGGACUGACCCCGCGCUUUCUUUCAUUACAAGCUGUCCUCCCCCUUCCCAGUCUCAGAGAAAGAGUGUCGACAGCAGCAGUCGGGACGAUAAUAGCUUAGAGAACGACGUGGAAGAUGGCGAGUCCGCCGGUAUGACAAAAGAUUCAAAGGAUUCUGAUAAGUUCAGCCGAGAAACGCCAGCGGAUUCUCCCGCCAUCUCCAGCAAGGCGGAUACGCCGAUACCAGAAGCUAGCAGCAGUCAUGAUGGGAACGACGGUCUUCUUCCGGAUGAUGAGAAGACCUGGCCGUCCGUGGUGGAUCUCAAUACGCGUUUACGCCGCGUGAUAUCUUCCUACCAACGAAGCGUCAGCAAGAAAGAAGACAUUAAAGUCAUCUCGAAAACCGGCAAGAUGGGUGUGGAAAGUGAGACCACUCCCAUCAAUCAUACCGGCACGAUACACGAGCCGCCUCUGAACAUGCAAGGAUGGGAUCUGCAACAAUUGGCGAUGUACCUUCUGAAAAUGGAGAGAAGAGAGAAAAUGGAGGCCAUGGUGAAGGAACGAGAACGCACACGUAUCGAGGAGCAGAAAGCAAAGUGGACACGACGCGAGGAAAGUGAGUUCCUGCGGGUGGUGUCUACAUACGGCGUCAAUUACGAUAGGAAAAAGGCCCAGUACGAUUGGACCAAGUUCAAGAGCAUCGCCAGAUUCGACAAGAAGACGGACAACGAUCUUACGGAUUAUUACAUGUCGUUCAGAGCAAUGUGCAAGAAAGUCUGCAACGCGAAGAUGAACGAAGAUGAAGAUGUCCCUGUCGAUCAACUGAGUCCGGCUAAAGCGAGACAAAUACUCGAUCGUGUCGACCUCUUGAGCAAGAUUCGAGAGGAGAUCCUGUCGCAUCCGCAUCUGGAGGAACGACUGUCGCUGUGUCAGCCGUCCGGAGACACCCCGGAUUGGUGGCAGCUGGGGAAACACGACAAAGAACUGCUACUGGGAGCUGCGAAGCACGGUCUUGGACGUACCGACAUAACUAUAUUGAACGAUCCGGACUUUUCAUUCCACAAAUUACUUACAAGAGGUAUAUACGCGGGCACGCAGACUCCAAAAACAAUGGACAAGUGCGAAAAAGCUAUAAAGAUCGAGAGCAGAGAAGAUAUCCUGAAAUUCGAUAAGGACGAGAUACUCGUCAAAUUGGAGAAAGGCGAAGGGACUCUGAAGAUAGAAAAAGUUGGUGCGAAGAAAGAUAAAGAUCAAAGUGCCGCUGAUAAGAAGUCCGAGAAUAGCGAGUCGGAGAAAAGUCAAGUGGAGUUGACUAUCGUGAAAGCGGAGGCUAAACCCGAGGAGAAAUCUAUUGGUAAUUCGUUGACGAUCACCACUGUCACGAAAAGCAGCAGUGCGACGUCGGACGUAGAAAACGUCAGUGUGAAGAGUGAGGAGAAGAACGAAUUAGCGAUAGAGCCAGUUAAAUGCGAGAGCAGCAAAGCCAAUCAGACCGGCACUAAUAAGUCGACCGAUGAGAAACCUGCGAAGGAAGCUAACCCGGAAAACACGGAGAGUUCUGCUGUUGCAGAAGUGGAUAUGGAAGAGAAGACUCAAGAGAAGGAAGCCAAGCAGGAAGCUGAUUCCGUCGAGAAAUCAGAGGCGGAAUCGCAGGCACAAGACCCGAUAACGGAAACAACCGAGAAUAAGAAUGAUACGGACGCUAAAGAGAAAGAAAAUGUCGAGAAGAAUGCCGAGACUGUCGAGUCAGCUGCUGAGGACGAUAACAAGAACGCAAAAACGGAUAGUACACCCGCUAAGGAAGACGCUGAGACACGAGAAGUUAAGAGCACGGACGUUGCCAAAGAAAAGACAAAGGUGUGCCAGAUCGAGGAUAAGUGUAGUGUCCAAGCCGCGGAACUGAAGGCGAUGUUUCCGGAUCUGGAAGUGAUACAACCAUUGUCGCGAUUGCCACAAAUCGACACAUUCGUUUUGCGAGACAAGACGAUGGAUUACAUCAACGAACCUACGGUAGUGCAACUUUUGGCACACGGUUGCGGCAGCACAUCGAUAAAGUGGCCGAAGGAACACGCGAUCGAGGCUCGUUUAAUGCACAUCGUGCACGCAAUCGAGCAUAAGGAAUGGCCCGUGUCGGUAAACUUCAGCGCCGGUGAGGAAUUGGAAGUCACUCCGAGUGAGAAGGAAUGCUCAGAGGUGAUAACGAUCACCACGGAUCAUGGAGUGUCCAGAUCUAUGUCGAGUGGAAACAAUAUCUCCGCGUCAAAGAAACGCAAAAGACACAUCGCCAUUGACGUGGAAACCGAACGAGCCAAGCUUCACGCGCUCCUUAAUAGCAGCCACUUGAGCACGCCGUCACCCGCGCCUCUCAGCAAACCAGUCGUACUUUCUGGCUCAACCACGUGGGAGAUUAACGACGAAUCUCAGUCGGAAGAAUCGCGACGUUCCACACCGGUAGUCCAGCCACCUCCGGCGCACCAACCGACACGAACACCGAGUAUACCUUUCGAUUUGAAGUAUACCGUUCCGGGAAAAACGACCGUCAUACCUGGCACAUCGAGUACUUUGACGCCCAUCGAUCUGUCUGCUGGGUAUCCAAAGUCAAGUUCUGACAGUAACAUUAUAAAAGACAUAAAUAAAGACAUUAUGAAUGAAGUACAAGACUUCUCUAUGCCGAAUAAGAAUAAGCAAGUUAGUAGCAACAAAGGGAAACUGGACAGUAUGCUGGACAAGCUCAUGAAAAGGAAAUCUUGUCCAACGGAAGAACCGGUGAUCGGAAAAGAGAAGAAACGCAGGAAGUUGGACGAAAUAGUAUUAGGGCUGAGCGCCGCGAAGGAGCAACAAAGUAGCCAUUAUCCUGAACAUAGUAAGAAAAAUACGAUCACGCCUAACGUGACUGUGACUCCGACAUCAGCGCCAAUCGGGCUUCCCAAUCCUCCCACGAGUACCCAGAAGCCAUUCUCCAUCACCGUUACGUCUAUUCCAUCAUCACGUGCGUCGAGUUCCAACAACCCUGUUUUGCCGCCGCCGUCAUUACAUUCACACAAGGACAGCUUCUCCGCUCUACUAGCACAGGCGGAACAGACUCGAGAGCUGAAGAAACAACAACAGCAACAACAGCAGCAACAACAACAACAACAACAACAACAACAACAACAACAUCAACAGCAGCAGCAGCAGCAGCAAGCCUUCAACUCGGCACAUCCAUCUUCUUCGAGCAGUCACAGAAAGAGUUACGAUUCGUUGAUUGCCGAUAUCAGUAAGGUUGCCGAGUAUUCGUCCAAAAUCGGUUCUUAUUCGCACGAAGCGAAAGUAAACAAGUGGCUAGCGGAUCAAACAGCUAUGUCGGCGGAACAGUUGAGUGCGGAAUAUCUGAGUGCGCCCAGACGACGUAGACCACGCGUUGAUCCAUCUUUACUGGAUUGGAAGAAGCUCACUGGUGAAGAGAACGUUGCAGUUAUUAAUCGAUUAACGGGCAAGAAGGUAACCGGUAGCAAAGCACCCCAAUUGAAGCGGCUUGGCCAAUGGCUUAUCGAGAACCCGAUGUUCGACGUAGAUCCCAAGUGGGCAGAAUUGGUGAAGGAGCGUGGUAAUCUACCGCAUGAUUUGCAGAAGAGAUUACCGGGCAGCGACCGUGGUGGCGUGAACAAGGGCAAGAGUCCUGGCAGACCACCUAUGAUGCCGAGUCCUACGAGUGCUCAGCAGUCGGCAAAUCCCGCUAAUUUAGCGGCCACGUCGAUGGCGUCAGGUUUAAACUUCCCGUCAUUAGGCAAUCUCAACAACUCGUUACUGUCAGGUCUGUCGCUCGGCAACUUCGACCCGAAGAACAAUCCAUUGUUGAUGCCUUUCGGCGGCCUGCCGAAUCUCGGCGCGUUGAGUGGCCUCGGCAAUUUGGGCAAUCUCAGUAACAUGAGUCUGACGAAUUCGCUCUUCGCCAAUCUGGCCGGUCUCGGUUUACCGUCGUUGGCAGGCAUGGAAGCGGCGUUAAGCGCAACUGCGGCUGCGGCAUCGACUAGUGGUGCAGGCGCGGAUGCGAGCAAUCCAUCUGUUAGUUCAUCUGGCGGCGGAGGCAGUGGUGGCAAGAGUGGUGGAGCUGGUUCGUCUGGCAUGGGCAACAGUGGCGGUAGCAAGUCACGCAGCAGCAAGCUGGAUCAACCGAGCACGAGUGGCAAAUCAUCGGUGCCGUCGACUUCAUCCGGCUCCUCAUCGGGUCUACCAACCACUACACCUUUCCCAUUCUUUUUCCCGAAUCCCGGUCUCCUGUAUACGCCGCUGGGCCUAGGUGGUCUGAAUCCAUUCUCUAUGCAACCCGGUAGUGUUUCGUCGGCCUACGAGAGCCUCGCGCAAUGCGGUCUCUUAAACCCACCGACUUCUUCCGCGACUGCUUCCGCGGUGCGCAAACCCGCCUCAUCGACAAGUAGCUCGAGGCAGCGAGAAACCAUGCCGGACGCUUCCUCGUCGUCGUCUUCCUCUUCCUCGUCGACGAAGCGAAAGGAGCCUGAAAAAAAAUCAUCUAGGUAUUCAGUAGAUCCAGCCAUCGCUCUGCAACAGUACACGGAUCUGGCGGCGUUGCACUGUGAAGAUCGACGUCGUAUCGAUCAGCAGCAGCAGCAGCAACAGCAGCAGCAGCAGCAGCAACAACAUGAAAAAAGAGAAACUGCGAUUAUGGAGCAAGCCGAUCUGAUGAUAACGGAUCUGUCUGAGAAAAAGAUGGAACGUAAAAGCAAGGAGCAGGAGAUGAAGGAGGCGCUCGAACAUUUGAGCAGGACCAGUGCCGAGCUGGUGACGCGAAACCUCGAUGACAUGCCAUCGCGAAUAAAUGAUAAAAGGAACCGCGCCAAUACGGACGUUAAUCAAGUCUCCGAACAGCCGCAACAGCAAUCGACACCGCUACCACUCGAGGUGACUCUAGAACCCGUUACGAAGAAGACGCGCAGCGAAGCUGCGGACAUGAACGCAAAGUCCACGGCGAAUAACGACACACCGACGAUAGAUAUAGAACCCGUAACGAGAUCGUUGCCGACGACACCAGCGAAAACCACGACGCAUCCCUCGCAGGAGGAUAUUAGCAAUAUUACUUCGCCCAUGGAGACGCCAACGAGCACGAGCAAAAAGGAGGCUAACGAGGCUAUGGUGACGACAACAGCGGCAGGAUCGUCCUCGUCGUCGUCGACGCCAGUCGUUGCGAACACCACGUCACCGUCCGCUCAAUGUUCCAUUGUAGCGGCUGCGAAGGCCGAUGGCAAUAAAACUGCCGCUGCCACGUCGUCGGAGGUGGAGGAGGACAGUAAAGGUGGUACCAAGGGGAAGAAGGCCCGUAGCGGCAAGCGGAUGAACGUGGAGCCUCCUCCUGAACGCAAGAAUCUACGGUCUAGUGCCGGUAGACAAGCACGAGCAGCCGCUGAGCGACAAGCACGUAUGGAGGGUGAGAUGCACUCUGCUUCUUCGGAGCAACAGCAGCAGCAACAAGAGGGACACACGGCCAGUGAGUGAGUUGUGGCCAUGAGGGUUCGUCGAACCACCGUGGCAAAACGGCGAUAAUCUGUUCGACGAAGGAGCUGGGCGGGGGAAGAGAUCCCGACGCUGCAGCAGCGUUGCUGUCCACGAUUUUUUCUAUUUCACUGAUUCGACAUUGCUCGCACAACGAAGAUCUGGAUGUAAGAUAAUUCCUUGUUCGCCGUUGGCGCUAAAACCGAAAACGGAAGCCAUAAGAAGUGUGUAUGUUAAUUUCUGAACUGAUCGUCGACGGAGCACAAGUGAAAGAGAAAACAGACAUUGGUGGCAUCACACUGCUCCCGUGGUUCCUCUUCGGUACUUGGUAGUGAAUGUGAUGUUUCACGUGUGUAUACGUGAAGAGAUAAACGGAACUCCUUUAUCUUACGGGAGAUGUACUGCGUAUUAUUCAUUCGACGAUGGAGUGUUUGAAUGUAUUUACCGAACGUUGCAAAAAAAUAAAGAAAUUUCUCAAUA